AUGACAGGAAUUCCCUCAGCACCAGCCUUUUCCCGCUUCCAUGCAAUCGUAACAGCCACGCCCAGGGAUGGGUUUGGCCCGCCUGUCAUCAACACCGAAUAUCUUCGAACUUCCACACAUCCUCAAGGGAAUGAUUCGGCCCCCAGUAAGAAACGCAAACGGACAUCCGACGACGAGGAUGACUCUAGUGUGGGUGGAAAGACGGUGAAGACGGACAAGCGGAGUUCAGCGAGGAAAGCGACAGCGUAUAGGGAUAUUCCACAGCUGUUGAACGCCCUACGAGAACGGUUUCAGCAGGGCCCUCAUGUCGAGUUUCAUGGAUACUGCCAAAUGGAAGACCCGGGCAUGUCGCAUAGACAACGAGUACAGACGAUGACGAACGAUAUUUGGAGAACAACUGGGUAUCGAUUUACCGUCAAGGACCACCCACGAAUCAACAACGGCCAUAAGAGCCGUUUCUGGUGCUCACAGGACGAUACGCACAAAAACAAACUCAAGGCUAAUCGGAAUUCACAAGGACCCAAGCCACGUUUAACGAGCACGGGCGAUGUUAUGGCCAAAACCCGGUAUCCUUGCAAAAGCAGGCUACUGAUAUCUUCUCGUGACUCCGGGGUUCCAGGACAGCGUAUUAUCACUGUCAGGUUGGGUCACCACCUCGCCCACGAGCCAUAUGUCGACUCGUCAAUGAUGCCAGAGGUGGUUAAAUCGAUAUGGGAGACAUUUGGUUGGGCGAACCAGCGGGCGAACGAGACCGUGCCGCCAAACAUGGUCGGGGGUACCAGCAAUGGAACUCACCAAAUGGCGAAUGGAAAUAACGAAGGCAUCGCAUCCAACUCGAUUAAUCCGUUGGAAAGGGACCAGCAACAGCACGACCCAGAGGGAGAAGAUUCGGAGGACGACCAAUCGGACAUCGUUGAACAACCAAUCAUGGACCCGCCUAUGCCGAUACCUGGGACCCUGCUCCCGCCUCAGACAAUGCAACCUCCACCGCCUCCCCAGCUGUCACUAGAACGUGCAAUGUACCAUCAACGCAUGAGAAGUCACAUCGCCAAUAUUCGUGAUUUUUGCGACGGACUGGAAUAUCAACUCCAGUUCGAUGAUACGCGGAUGCUCGAGGUUGUCGAGCGGGAAGGACGGUCCUUCCUCAACCUCGUCGAGGACUGUCUCAGGAAAGAGGGACGCCUAGUCACCAUGCCGGCGGACAUACCCUUGGAUCCCACUCUCAUGAACGCUCCGAUGGCGCUACCCUCAUCGGCGGAAAACCAUGGGCCACCACUAACGAAUGGUUAUUUAAUCAAUGAUCACAGCACUAGAUAG